AUGGCGGGUGGCGUGCUAGACGUGCGCUCCGGCGCCGCCAAGGAAUUCCUAGACGGCUGGAAGUCCGAGGCUAGGGCUGCAGUCAGAUCGAUGACCGACUACUUAAGGAGGAGCGGGCUGAAAGGACCGCCGGCGACGCUUCCGGACCUGUCCACGAUGACGGUGGUCUUCGAGACGGACCGGACCAACGACAUCGUCAGCAUGCAGGCAGCAUCGACUGAGAAGGCCUGGAUCGGCGAUCAGAGAUGCGGACGGCUCCUGCUCGUCGC